AAGGUGGGAACUACACGUCUCUCCCCGAUCGAUUGCUUCUGUCUUGAUCUCAGAAGUUAAAGAUGGAUGCCUGCCGCAAUUGGUAAAUAAACACAAUUAGACAUUUAUCGCCGUCGAGGCUGCCGCGUUCUUAACGGGCGAUGCUUAAACUCGACGCCGAGAUUCUUAACUUGUCAUCGGUUCGUUUUUUUACGGACGCCGGAGAGACUGUGGAGAAAAGGAGAGCCGCAUUGCAGCGGUUUGUUGCGCUUCGGGAGACGAUCCUCCUCUUCGCCGGGGGGUCGAUUGGCUUUCUUUCAACGGCGACAAAAACAAUUCACUGCAUCUUAAAAGGCGCCAAAUCAGAGCCUAAAUCUUAAUGCUUAUAGACUCCGGAAGAGACAGUGAAAGAGCUUAGGUUGUCUUCUAACGUUCAAAUUCCUGUUUUUUUUUUUUUUUUGGUUUGUUUUUUUGUUUUGUUUUUGGCCGAAGCUUGCUGAGCUACAGCAUGACCACAGCAGUGACUGCUCAUCUGGUAGUUCUGGCAAAUGAAAAUGGAGGAGGUUUCAAUGUCCAGCCUGGACAACAGCAAGCUGGAGGGUCUAGCUCAGGACAUCCUGUCUGACCUGGUUGAGGAUGCAUGCUUGGGCCUCUGCUUUGAGGUCCACCGGGCUGUGAAGCAGGGCUACUUCUUCCUGGAUGACACGGACCAAGAAAGCAUGAGGGACUUUGAAAUUGUGGACCAGCCGGGUUUGGAUGUGUUCGGCCAGGUGUACAACCAGUGGAAGAACAAAGAGUGCGUGUGUCCAAACUGCAGCAGGAGUAUCGCUGCGUCUCGCUUUGCUCCGCACUUGGAGAAAUGUCUCGGAAUGGGACGCAACAGCAGCCGCAUAGCUAACCGCAGAAUAGUGACGGGUAAUAACACCAACAACAAGUCUGAAAGCGACCAAGAAGACAACGACGAUGUCAACGAUAACGACUGGUCUUACGGGGCGGAAAAGAAAGCCAAGAAAAGGAAAUCUGAUAAGAAUCCAAAUUCACCCAGAAGAUCCAAAUCAUUCAAGCAUAAGAGCAGUAUGAUGGGCCCUCGGCGGCGUAUGGACAACCAGGAGAGCCCACGCAUGUUGAUGAAAGAUGAGGCGUUCCCUCAGUGACACACACACACACACACACACAAAGACCAACACUACUUUAAUCAUGUGAAAAAUGUUGGUGUUAUUGGUGAUUUUUUUUUCCUGCAGAUUCUGACCUCUCUCUUUAUACUUGACAUUUUUAUUUUUAAUCCCACCCCCACAUAAAAAAAUAAUCAUACCAACAAUGGCAUUUUAGUUUAAAUACAAUAAUCAAUCAUUUCAGGUAUUUCAAGCAUAUGUACAGUAAAUCACUCGGUGUCCCAGCAUUGUUAUGAAAGGACAUGAUUCAUUAUAAAAGUGAGUGCUUUUGUAUUUCAUUAAAAAAAAUCUCAUUUUUGAUAUCUAAGGGUCAUAUUACGUUUCAGACAAUCGUCAUAAGGAAUGGUUUGUCUGUUGUUUUUACAUCAAAUUAUCAGUGUGUGUGUUUUGCAAGAGUUAUCAUUCACCAGUGAGUGAUUUAAUUUAGUUGUACAAGCAGUUCUUUGCUGCACAAAGCAGGUGUUUUUUUUUUUUUGUAUUUUUCUUUAGGACGGUGGCAAAAAUGUCUUUGUUUACAUUGUCAAAGGGUUAGACAAAUCCUCGGUGUGAUGUGGUAGUGUAAAUAUUCCAGUAGUUGAAUUGCUGCUAUCAUGGCUCAGUUUCUUUCAUCUGUCUAGCAUAAUAAUAAAUGAUUUGUUACACGUCUUUUUUUUUGUAUGGAUACAAUUUGAAUGUGACUACGGUAUCAAAGCUGCAAAAGCAUCACAGUAUUACUGCAUAGCCGCUAACAACCAACAGGAGGUGCUGUUGAACCUAGAAAUACAUAGUACGCUUGUACAGUAACACUGUUAUUAAAACAAUUAUUAUUUUGUAAAUUUAUUUUUACAUUUUAUUGCCUGAAGUGAUCAAAGUGACC